GCAUGCAAACGAGCAGCAUACAAUGAGGUUGGUUGGUUGUUUUGGGGUUUAGGGUCAUCAGAGAGGUUAACGGCUAAAAAAUGAAUAUGGUUAACUGUGUCCAAUGCGAAGACAAACAGUGUACCUGCAUUCACAGUGGUUUGGUAUCUGCUGGACGAUCCUACAAAUGGACUAACCUCUGAUAUGCUGAUGAAGCUGCGCUCUUGUCCUCUAAAGUGGCAUUACAACAGAGAGGCAACCUUCCUCAUCUCAUCAGCAUUUUGUUUACCCAUCAAAGCCUUCAGGCUUACCCCAGUUAACUGGUAAGAUGAGUCUUUUGUUGACUUACCUAAAAUGUGACAAGUUACAUACACCACACCCGUGCUAACGCUGUUGGCAGGAACCCCGGGAUAGUUCACUUCUUUUCACCUGAGAAUUCUGUGCACGUCAGGAGAUGGAAGACUGAGCCUCACAUCAGCACCAUACACAGCUGUGUCUCAACGGGGCAGAUAUCAGCCUGGGAACUACAGAAAACUCCAGAUAUCCUGUGUACCCGGAAGACUUCCCCCCCUGAUAUCCAUCACCAGUCCACGAUGGGCCAAGCCAUGAGCAGACCUUAUUCUAACCCCUUCCAGAGCUCCUCUUUUAAGCGUCCCUCCCAUGACCAGAACAAGUCCCUUCGACCGAGCAUCUUCUCCACACUGAAGCCCCCAGUUGCCAAAUCCAACAAUUCCGUACCUCUAUUCAACGACUGCAUCUCAGCCGCCUCAUCCAGAACUCAAGAGUACCUCCUCUUCAAAGACCCAGAGGACAAGUUCCACCCAAGCCCUGACGUGCUCACUCAGGUCUUCCUGAUGACAUACAUCUCUCAGAGCGUCAGCCUAAACAUCACAGACACCUUCAACUGCACGGCCAUGACGCCCGAGCAGCGCAUCCUCCUGGGGGCCGACUGGGUCUGGGCCAUGCUGGAGAAGCCCACCAAGAACCCCAAGAUCCAGAUCGCCGUGCAGGUUCUACACCUGGACGACGGGGAGGAAGCCCAGGAGGAUGGUGUCCCCCCACAGGUCCGCAGCGAGUCAGUCCAGAUUGCCCACAAGGCGUCCAGCAACAAGACCAUGUACGAGAAGAUGGUGGGCUUCUGCACCUCCAUCGGCAAGGAUUGCUACGCCCUCUUCUUGUUCUUUGGGAAGAAAAGCGACAAGGGCAAUAUCUACGGCGUCCUCAGCAACAACUUUGAGGCUGCCAUUGGGAAGUGUGACCAGAUUGACCGAGAUUUUAUUGAGAACUUCUUCAAAGGCUCAAGGUAUCUCUAUACACCUUCAGGAAUGAUGCAGGCCAUUGUCACCAAGAAAGAGGGAGACUCUCUGACUCUCAUGAUUAAAUUCAGCUGAGCCAGAGGGAUGUAAUUGAGCUGCAUGUGGUAGAAAUUAAGGGUUUCUUGGGGGCAUCUCUGGAUGAACAACAACCUGACCGUCUAAGAUGUAGAGUUUCUCUAAGUUGCAAGAGAAGGUUGUGUAAUUUUCUGCCCCAGGUGCUCACUGUGCGUCUUACAAAAAUGUCAGUUUACCUGUGACCUUUUCUGCUUUUAAGUGUGCUGACGCUGUCUGUAAGGAUUACACCCCAAAUUGAGAAUAAGGGGAUUGUUUUAGUACCAACCUCACCAAAUGUGUUUGAACCUACACUAAAGCCAAUUUUUAUCAAACACGUGGUCACACACAAGUAUAACUUAUACAUUGAUGACGGCCGCAUUGCAUUUCAUGUUUUACUUCAACUGCGGUACGUCAGAGAGUUGGACUCGAAACUUCUACUUGUUGAUUAACAGCAACAUUUACAAAAAACCGCAGCAUUCUACUGAAAACGACGAUGACGGCCGGUGUGUACUUUUACUUGGAACUACUCUGCUCGAGGUGAAUUGUUUUCUUCCAAAUUGUUUAGCAUAUCAUUGCUGGUGACGCUGUGGACGUGUUAAAGCGUUUGUGUGGCUGACAAAAUCGAACGGAAUGUGUUUAUCUUCUUAAUGUGGGGAAAAAUGUAACUAUUAGAACUACUUGUUUACAUGUACUUGGAAUAAAUGUCUAAAAAUGG